AUGGGUUGCUGUUGUGGUUGUGAUCUGAGUGAAUGUAACCUCUCAGAGAGAAGCUGUGAAGCUCUGUCCUCAGUUCUCAGCUCCCAGUCCUCCAGUCUCAGAGAACUGGACCUGAGUAACAACAACCUGCAGGAUUCAGGAGUGAAGCUUCUCUCUGCUGGAUUGAAGAGUCCAAAGUGCAACCUGGAAACUCUCAGCUUAUCAGGCUGUUUGGUUUCAGAGGAAGGCUGUGCUUCUCUGGCCUCAGCUCUGACCUUUAACCCCUCCCAUCUGAAUGAGUUGGACCUGAGCUACAAUCAUCCAGGAGACUCAGGAGUGAAGCUGCUGUCGGCUGGACUGAAGGAUCCAGACUGGAGACUGGAAGCUCUCAGGGUGGAGCCUGCUGGAGGCCGAUUCUUGACACCAGGUCUGAGGAAGUAUUCCUGUCAACUCACCAUCGACACAAACACAGUGAGCAGAAACCUCAAACUGUCUGAAGACAACAGGAAGGUGACAUUUAUGGAGAAGCUUCAGUCAUAUCCUGAUCAUCCAGACAGAUUUGAUUAUCCUCAGCUGCUGUGUAGAACUGGUCUGACUGGUCGCUGUUACUGGGAGGUCGAGUGGAGAGGAGGAGUUAGUAUAUCAGUGAGUUACAGAAGAAUCAGGAGGAAAGGAUACACAAUAGACUCCCGAUACACCCUYRAAGACGCCAUCCUCUUCAUCAGACAUGAGGUCAAUGGUGACACCUUCCCAAAAGGAUAUCUCCUCUGCUGCCAGGACGCUCUCCCUCGCCUCCAGCAGCUGUUGACAGAGAACAGACAUUAA